AGAUUUUUGAACUGGAAACCUAACCCUUUUCGCUCCUUGGAAAUAAAUUCGAUGUGGGAAAAUGGUGUUCGGAGGAUCACCACAGGUAGAAGCGGACCGUUAUUUGAUUCCAUUCCCCACCUAUGACGAUUACCUUGAUUCUUUGGUGACGCCGAUUGACUUGUUUUAUGGCAGAAGUAUUUUCAUAGCAAGAUGUGUCGCUCAACUUGGUUACAGGGCUCGCGGCCAAGUGCUAACAAGGGAGGAGUUCGCGGGAAGGGCGGCAGCCGCCCGGGCCCUAGACAACCCUCCGCGACAGGACCAGGUGACCACCUCCUCUCUGCUGCCCUUGACUCAGCUGUCAGUCAAUGUCGAGCCCUUACUGCUGGCCCUUUCCCAGAGGGAGGUCGCUAACCGACGUAGCAUUGUCAACACAAUAAUCUACCUGUGUGUGAAGAAGCGGACGGGCGAAUAUGUGAGUGCGUACAUCGACUUCAACCAACGUCUGCGUCAAGAGUCUUGGAACGCAUUCUUUCAAGAAGGGAAACCGCUGAGACCCAAAACCAGCGAUCUAUGCUACUACAACUGGCACACUAAUUUCACCAGCUCUACUGAUUCUGAUAACUUCAAGGUGAAAUGCGACCAAGAACGCGGACUGCUGUUCAAUUGCAUUUGGGAUGGAAAAAUGAUUUGCGUUAAUCCCAACCUGAAGUCACCUGGACCGUCAACCACGCGUACACGUAUCUACAGCCCAAACUACGCUAUCCUCGAUAUCUACGAUCACAAGCUACGCAGAAGCUACUGAAUUUGUCAAAAAACUAUCGAUGGAAUGUGACUUUUUGGAGAAUAAAGUGAUAUUGUUUUGGUCCUAUCAA